CUGCACUACUUCGACAUGCUCUACUCGGAGGACAUCGCCUGGGCCACCAAGGGCAUGGGGGAACCAUCCCAAAGCGGUGCCCAGGAGGGGCGAGGGGAGGCACAGAAGGAGCCGGAGCAAUGUCCCAUCAUCGAUAGCCAGGGUUUGGGGCUGGGGGCCGAGGGGGACCUGCAGGCCAGCCUGCACCUGGAGGAGCACUCGCUGGAGCAGGUACAGAGCAUGGUGGUGGGCGAAGUGCUGAAGGACAUCGAGACGGCCUGCAAGCUCCUCAACAUCACCGCAGACCCAGCGGACUGGAGCCCCGGCAACGUGCAGAAGUGGAUCCUGUGGACGGAGCAUCAGUACCGGCUGCCGCAGAUUGGGAAGUCCUUCCAGGAGCUGUCGGGAAAGGACCUGUGUGCCAUGUCUGAGGAACAGUUCUGCCAGCGCUCACCCGCCGGCGGCGACAUCCUGCACGCCCACCUCGACAUCUGGAAGUCUGCCGCCUGGAUGAAGGAAAAAGUCGCCCCAGGAGAUAUGAGAUACUGCGGAGGUGAUGCCAGCUGGGCGGACAGUGAGGUGGACUCGUCCUGCGCUGGCCAACCCAUCCACCUCUGGCAAUUCCUCAAAGAGCUGCUGCUGAAACCCCACAACUACGGUCGCUUCAUCCGCUGGCUCAACAAGGAGAAAGGCAUCUUCAAGAUCGAGGACUCGGCGCAAGUGGCCCGUUUGUGGGGCAUUCGGAAGAACCGCCCAGCCAUGAACUACGACAAGCUGAGCCGCUCCAUCCGGCAGUAUUACAAGAAAGGCAUCAUCCGGAAACCUGACAUCUCCCAGCGCCUCGUCUACCAGUUCGUCCACCCGGUCUGAGCGGUGGCGGUGGGACAGGCUGAGCCCUGGCAGGGGCAGGGGACCUUCACCACCUCCCACUGCCUCCCAACCACAGAAACCAUCUUCCAGCGCUAAGGACGGCGGCUGGGGUGCCGAGAGGCUCACCCCACCCAGGACCUGCUGGCAACAGACUGGGGGACCCCCUCCCUCAACCCCAAGCCUUGGAGGGGAGGGAUGAGCCCCCAGCUAAGGGACUGCCACCAACAUGCCCUGGUGCAGGGCAAGGACCAUGCAGAGCCCUCAUCUCCUGCGAGCGCUUCCAGGGGAAGGUGGGCAUGGAAUUUGGGGCCAGCAGACGAGACGUGGGGUUGAUCGGGGUGAGAUAAAGGCAGAUGAAUCUGUGGCUGUCGCGGGGCUCCCCACAACCUCGGUGCCCUUUGGCAGGGAUUGA